AUGCUCGAGUGGACGUCUGACAACCCAAGUUUUACACGUCAGUCGUUAAUAUCGAUCACAUUAUACCUCCUUCUUCAACCACUACCAAACAACAAGAAUAGCCAAAGAGCGCGCAAUCAGGGACAGAUCGUGAAGAAGGCCUCCGAGGCCGCCGCAAGGGAUCAGGCGAUCGCUGCAUGUACUUUUGGGGAUGAUGAACUGGCAGCCAUAUCACACAUUCCUCUGGCACCCGAUCCAUCAAUGGCUUUCAAGCGUCCUGUAGUCUCAUGUUUCUGCGAGUGGCUUAUCAUAGUUAUCGCGAUAGUCAUAGCGCUCGCAUUGUCGACAGUAAACCCAGACUAUCACCAUUUCAGCUUGCUCGACUUGAGCAUCUCGUAUCCUCACCGGGAGAAAGCCAAAGUCAGCCUCGGAGUAUUCACACUUCUAUCGGUCAUCCUGCCAGUUGCAGUCAUCGUAGCUGUCUCCCUUUUCGUCCCAAAAUCCGCGUCGUCAAGCUCGAAUACCCGUGAGCGCCGGCAUCGGAAGCUCUGGGAAUUGAACGCCAGCUUGCUCGGACUGGGCGUAAGUCUUGGUACAGCUACGAUCAUCUUCACGGGGGUCAAAAACCUCUCCGGAAAGCCUCGCCCAGACUUCCUUGCACGCUGUAAGCCAGAUGUGGGAACCGUGGCCGCUCACAGAGUGGGUGGCUAUGGGCAGGCGGUCUCUGAAUCGUGGGUGAUGGUAGAUGGAGGCAUCUGCCAAGAAGCAGAUAAAGUGUGGUUGAACGAUGGAUUCAGGAGCUUUCCUAGUGGCUAUGCAACAAGUGAGACUGUUGAGCAGCUGGACCUCGCAAGCUACUGA